AUGAAGUCAACUAUUCAAACGUUCUCUCUAUCUAUAGUGUAUCCCACCGGACGCUCUAGGGCGCAAGUCUGGAACCCUCAGAUCGUCACCCACUUCCUCUCAUCCCAAGCUUUCCUCUCGAGGCCCAUCAUCGUGUCAUUCUCAACCACGGCGCGACCGCCUUUCCAGACGGACUCCCCCGAGGAGGACGACUACUACUACACCGCGCCGCCACCGCCGCACUCGUACCCCUACUCCGAAGCAUCGGCCUCCAAUUCCUCUUCCUUCGGCCCCCCACCGUUCUCUUCACUCUUCGUCGUACCGCCGACAGACCCCAGCCACCGCGCCCAAGAGCUCGCCGUCACUGGGCCCCCCGAAUCGGCGUCGCUCCCCGCCUUCGCGCCUCCGCCCCCUGUCGAGGAGCUUCUCGACUCGUCCCCUUCGUCGUCGGUUGUCGCAGAGACCAAAGCGUCCUUCUCGCAAGAGCCCAAGAGUGACGGGCGAGAGAAGAGUGCUGACGACGGGGAACCGCCGCCGCCGUACACCGAAGGUUACAGUCCCCUCGAGCAGUUCAGCUACGUGAUGGCUGCUGCCGGAGGCGCUUCGAGUAUUAUUACUCAGGUGCAGCAAACGGGAGGGCCACCGAUCAACACUCUUGGAGGUGGGUGUCUUUGUGUGUCAAGAUACGCCUGUUGCUAA